GGCAGGGAAGGGGACAGGGAGAGAGUGUAGGAGCAGCUGUUCACGUGACUGUCCCGAGGUACCGCUGUGGGCUGGGCCGUCCCGCGCUGGGUGAGCGGCUCACGCGAGGCCGAGGCUUCGAGGCCUAGCAGCGGAGUACGUCGGGGAGGGAGCGGGAAUCGCGUUCUGUGCCGUCGCCGGUUCUCUGGCUGUCCCCGCCGCCGGCCCAGUUCAGAGCCAGAGGUCAGGUGCCAGCCUGGGAAAGGUUGCUCCAAGUCCCACAGGUUGUGGAAGUCUGGCUGGGACAGCUCUUGGCCACUUUGCCCCAGAGGGAACGCAGACAUAGAAGGUGCUUUGGUGUUGGGGUUCCCAGGUGGUGUGGGAUGCCGAACACAGCCAUGAAGAAAAAGGUGCUUUUGAUGGGGAAAAGUGGGUCUGGGAAGACCAGCAUGAGAUCCAUUAUUUUCGCAAACUACAUUGCACGAGACACACGGCGCCUUGGAGCUACAAUUGAUGUGGAGCACUCGCAUGUUCGAUUCCUGGGCAACUUGGUGUUAAACUUAUGGGACUGUGGCGGACAGGACACCUUCAUGGAGAACUACUUCACCAGCCAGCGCGAUAACAUUUUCCGCAAUGUGGAGGUCCUGAUCUAUGUCUUCGAUGUGGAGAGCAGAGAGCUGGAGAAGGACAUGCACUACUACCAGUCGUGCCUGGAGGCCAUUCUUCAAAACUCGUCCGAUGCCAAAAUCUUCUGCCUCGUGCACAAGAUGGACUUGGUGCAGGAGGACCAGCGCGAUCUGAUUUUCAAAGAGAGGGAAGAGGAUUUGAAGCGUCUGUCCCGCCCGUUGGAGUGUGCCUGCUUCAGAACGUCAAUCUGGGAUGAAACGCUCUACAAGGCGUGGUCCAGUAUAGUCUACCAGCUGAUUCCCAACGUCCAGCAGUUGGAGAUGAACCUCAGGAACUUUGCUCAGAUCAUUGAAGCCGACGAAGUUCUUCUGUUUGAAAGAGCGACUUUCCUGGUAAUUUCCCACUAUCAAUGUAAAGAACAGCGUGAUAUCCACAGAUUUGAGAAAAUCAGCAACAUUAUUAAACAAUUCAAGCUUAGCUGCAGUAAACUUGCUGCAUCUUUCCAGAGCAUGGAGGUCAGGAACUCCAAUUUUGCAGCCUUCAUUGAUAUCUUUACGUCAAACACUUACGUGAUGGUCGUCAUGUCGGAUCCUUCCAUACCUUCUGCGGCGACAUUGAUCAACAUACGCAACGCCAGAAAGCAUUUUGAGAAGCUGGAGAGGGUGGACGGGCCAAAGCACAGCCUGCUCAUGCGCUGAGCAUCUCCCAGGCGCGUACGGAUGAACUGCUCUUUUCCUAGGAGACUCUCUAACAUUGUGGGUGUCUAUUUUGUGGGCUUUGAAAUGGGUGUGCAGCUUUCCACCACAAUCUUGUUCUUUUCUCUUAACGUCGGAUGCUGGUCCGCCAGGCGAUGUGAGGGAGGCACUGUGGACCUUCUGGAACUGCUGCUGGGAGCAUUGGGGAAGGUCUCCUGCGGAGGCAUUUGGGGGGGAGGGAUUUGCUCCUGGCCUGAUAGUUACUUGCAGCCAACCCUUUCCCACCGCCUUGCCAUGUUCCAACUGAUGUUAAACUACAAAGAUGGAGUAUUUACUAUUUUAUCAACAGGUUGCUAGAGUACAUUUAUAAAACUUCUCCUUGUCUUCAAUCAUGACAAUAAAUUUUGUUACCAGGGACUGAGAUUCCAGA